AUGGAUGCUUACUGCGCGAAAAUCCACAAACUUGAUGCCCACUUCGAUGGUCUUGAGUUCCACCAUGUCCCCAGGGACCACAACAUCGCCACCGAUGUCCUGCCCAAGCUCGGCAGCAAGCAUGCACAAGUCCCGGCUGACGUGUUCAUUCAAGAUCUCCGGAAACCAUCCAUUAAGAUGCUGGACCCAGAUCAAGUCAAUGCCAGUGUUGAGGCUCUGGCCAACCCAGCUCCUACUGACAUCAUGAUGAUUGAGGCAAAAGAAGACUGGCACGUCCUGUUCAUAGCCUUGAUCACUGACCAGAUGGUGCUAGAGGAUAAGAUAGAACACGAAAAAUUAGCUUGGCGUAGUGCAAACUACAUCAUCAUCGGGAAGGAGCUCUAUAGAAAGGUUGCAUCCACAGGCAUCCUGAUCAAGUGCAUUCUGCGCAGCGAGGGUAUCGACCUUCUUCACGAGAUCCACUCGGGCAAAUACGGGAACCACGCUGCCUCGGGCACUUUGGUCGAUAAGGUGUUUUGCUCUGGUUUCUACUGGCCAACAGCGGCAACCGAUGCAAAGGAGCUCAUCCAAAGGUGCAAAGGGUGUUAG